CAACUGGCAAUGUUCAACAUCCUCAACUCUUAUAAAGAUUUCUACUAUCCGAGGCAAUCGACUGAUUCAGUGGAGAGCACCAGACUUGUGUAUUGUUUACAUUUGCUUAAUCACCUUUUCAAGACAAGGAAGGAAGUCUUGAGGAACAACAGCAAGUUCAAGGCUCAAAAAGAUGCCAGCUUGUUAGUUGAUGAUGGUGGCGGUGAUGACGAAAAAAUUUUUAGAGAUCAGGGAUUCACGCAUGCAAAAGUUUUAAUAGUCGUGCCUAUGAGAAGCAGUGCUUUCAAAAUAGUGCAAAUGAUUAUCACUCUCAUGUCCUCCGACAAGGUAAGGGUUUCAAAUGAGGACCGCUUCAAGAGCGAAUAUGGUAGUGAGGGUGUUGAGGAGGUCAAGAAAGGAUUCAAGCCAGACGAUUUUGAAAAGACUUUCGAUGGCAAUUUGGAUGACAACUUCAAAAUUGGCUUGUCUGUUUGCAAAAAAACGUUGAAGCUGUACGUUGAUUUUUACGCAAGCGAUGUCAUCAUAACUUCUCCUCUGGGCCUCAAAUCAGUCAUCGACUCCAAGCAAAGUGGCGAGACAGAUUUCCUCUCCUCCAUCGAGCUGGUCAUCAUCGAUCAGGCGCAUGUCUUCCUCAUGCAGAACUGGUCCGAUGUUCUGAACUUGGUGUCCUCGCUCAACAAACAGCCACAACAAUCACAUGGAGUGAAGUUAUCGCGCGUACGUAUGUUCUGCAUUAAUGGAUGGUCCUCGCUCUACAGACAGACAAUAAUUAUGUCAGCGUACCAAACUCCAGAAAUAAACUCGUUGUUCAACAAGUUCUCAACAAAUAUCCUUUCCGGCAGGUGCAUGGUUCAGCCAGCACCAACCACGGGCACCAUCUGCAACAUCGUCAACACACUCGCCCAGACCUUCCGAAAGUUCGCAGUGGACAGCGUGCAGUUGGUCAACGAUGCCAGGUUCAAUUACUUCACCAACAGAAUAAUAAGUGAGUAUCGAAGCUCAACGUGUCAGCACAUCAUGGUCUUCAUCUCUUCGUAUUACGACUUCGUCAGGGUGAGGAACUUCAUGAAGAAAGAAGAUUUCGAUUUUGUUCACAUUUGCGAGUACACUGACGAGAAGGAUGUAUCACGGGCCAGGCAGUCCUUCUUCAAGGGCAAGGUCAGAUUCCUCCUGUACACGGAGAGGUUCCAUUUCUACCACAGGUACAGAAUACGUGGCGUGCAUCACAUCAUCUUCUAUGAUCUCCCUGUCAACAGUCACUUCUACCCAGAAUUAUGCAACAUGAUGUUUGACAACAAGUGCAACAGAUCCUCCAUCGACCAGUCAUGUUUGGUGGUAUACAGUAGGUACGAUGCCAUCAAACUGGUCGGAGUGGUUGGAGAUGAGAGGGCCUCACUCAUGAUCCAGGCACAUAGGGACACGCAUUUGCUCAUGUCAGGAGAUUCAUGAUCUUAUUCUUUUGUUAUUUAUUUGUAUUUCCUGUAAAUAUUUUAACUUCUUUUCCAUUUGUUGUAAAAUUUAACAUUGGCUCAUACAGAAAUGUACAUAUAUCAUGCAGUUUGUUUUCAUAAUUUCAAAAUUCUGAAUUUGAGAAAUGUCAGCAAUAACCAAUCGCAUAAGAUCAAACUAUCCGACUCCGGCUCUCAAAAAAUUUUGAAUUCAAGUGAAAAUUACCGACUUUAAUUCCAAGAUAAGUUCUUCAACUUCUUCAUCAUAAUUUUAUUUUAAAAUGACACUACUAAAUGGAAAAUAUUUUAAAGAACACUUAAAAUCAGUCAAUGUAAUGUUUUUCUUAUUAAAACAACUUUUAAAACAUACCGAAAGAAAAUUAUGUUAUUUCAUUCACAUUUUUAGCAUUUAUUUUCAGUUUUAAAGAUUGCCUUUCCUCUUAAAAACAGAAUCUUUAAAAAUUUUUGAAUAAAAAAUAGAUUAAAUUUU